CGUCAUCCCCCUCGGGAGCCUUCUUCAUCCUGCAGUUUAAAGAGCCCACUUCUCUUCAUCACCAGCGGGCAGGCCUUAAGCGCCCUCGCACGGUGUCGCCUGCGCCUGCUCUCCGGUCUCCCGGCGGGGAAAGGAGGCUUGCUUGGUCUCCUCGUCGGUCUACUUAGAGGGAUUUUUCUUAUUUUUGGUGAGAAUGAAGCGCAUGCACAGAAUGGCAACGAGGAAGUCCCAUUCAUGGUGGUGGGACAGCCAUAUUAGCCCGAAAAACAGCAAAUGGCUGGCUGAGAAUUUAGAAGAGAUGGAUAAGCAAGUUAAAGAGAUGCUGAGGCUCAUCGAGGAUGAAGGUGAUUCUUUUGCAAAGAAAGCUGAGAUGUAUUACCAAAGACGGCCUUCGCUUGUAACUCAUGUUGAGAACUUCUAUCGCAUGUACCGUGCUCUUGCUGAGCGUUAUGACAAUGUGACUGGGGAAUUGCGCAAGAAUAUUCCAUCAUCACUGCAGUCCCAAGGCUCUGGUAUGUCUGAAACUGAUUCGGAGACACAAUCUACUUCCCCAUCUCCAAAGCCUAACAUGGAACAAAAGACACCAAAACAGAAGCGCAAAACAAGAUCAGCUGGCUUUGAUGUCUUCCUUGGUUCUGGUGGAAGCUCAGACAUUUCCAAGAAGGGGAGUGAUGGAUCAUCUUCUUCUUCAGAUUCGGAAUCCGAUGUUGACGAAGAGAGAGAAGAAAAUGGGAAUGGGAUUUCUUUCGCACUGAAUGAACGGAUUAUUGAGCUAGAAGAGGAGCUUCAGGAAGCAAAGCAAGAAUUCGAGGCACUUAAGGAAAAGAACAUGUGUUGCCAAUGUGAAAAACUUGAGGAGAGUUUCAAACAAGUUAGCAGUGAAAAGGAAGAUUUGGUAGCUGCACUUCUCGCAAACAAGAAUGAGGUUGAGGGUCUAAAAGGAGAUAUGGCCUCAGCAGCUAAGCAUUAUGAAGCCCAACUAGCGCAUCGUGACCAUGAGAUUGAGAAAUGCAAGCAGGAGCUUGAGCAAGUUUCUGAGAAGUAUUCCCAUGAGAAGUCUACUCUUGAGACUGAAAUCAGAAAGCUCCAGGAAGUUGUAAAGAAAUUUGAAGGGGACCUAGCAAAAGUGUCACAAGAGAAAUUGAAGCUUGAGGCCCAGGUAAUGGAGCUUGAACGAGCAUCUUACAGCCUAGAUGAUUCUUCUGCUGAGAUUGUGAAGCUACAAGAAAUAAUCAAGGACCUGCAAACAAGAUUGGAAAAUGAUUCCAAUCAGAAGAGAGUGCUUGAGGAACGCACUAUGGAGUUUGAGCAAGUUCGUAGUCAGCUGGAGGAUUCAAGGGCUGAGGUCAGGAAGCUACAAGCUACAAUCAAGAACCUGAAAGAUGACCUGGAAAAAGCUCUGCAAGCGAAAUCACUGCUUCAGGACUGUGUGAAGGAUCUGGAACAGGCAACCAGUGACUUAAAUGCCUUAGUUGCUUAUAAUCAGGAGAAAUUCUCUUUGGAGAAGUCCUCUCUUAGUGCUGAGAUCCUAAAACUGUCAGAAGUCGAGAAUUCUCUUGAAGGCAAGUUGAGAUCCACAGAGGCACAGCUUGAGCAACUUCAUGCUGAGAAUGCUGCAUCCCUUGAGAGUGAGAAACAACUAUCUGAAGUGAAUCAAGCCGUUGCCAAUCUUAAGACAAGGCUUGAGCUACUGUCUUCAGAGAAAGCUGCAGUUGAUAGCAGGGUGUCCACUUUGCUUAUUGAUGUCACGACUCGUGAUGAAAAGAUGAAGGAGAUGGACAACCACUUGCAUCAGCUGCACCUGGAGAAUGUCAAUCUGAUUAAAGGGGCUGAGGUCGGACGGAAGGCCGUGUCGGACCUGCGUGCACGGGUGUGCAAGCUCGAGGAAGAGGUUGAGAGGCAGAAGCUUAUGGUCUCUGACAGCGCAGAGGGGAAGCGGGAGGCGAUCAGGCAGCUGUGCUUCUCGCUCGAGCACUACCGCCAUGGGUACCGGCAGCUCCGGCAGCUCCUGCAGGUCCACAAGAGGCAAAUGGUGAUGGCAACUUGAGUCAGUGGCUUGCUGGAUCCUUCUUCCUGGAUGUCCAAAGUCGGUUUGUCGAUGUAAUGCUAAUUGCGAAUGUACUGUGAACCUCCAGUUCCCCCCUUCUCUUUCUUCUUGUACGUUCUACAUAGUUUGAGCAAAAUUUGUGCUCUGUACUUACUUAAGCUACCCUAUAAUGUCCUGAAUUAUGGAUAAUCGUGGUAUUACUUUUUCUA